UUGAAAAUUUUCUUAAUUGGUUCAAUUUUGUUUGUAUGACUGUAGCUUGGUUUGUUAGGAAUUGUUUUUGUAGUGGCUAGCUAGUAAUGAUACUUACGUUUUCGAGUUCGAGGUGGGUGCAUUUCGAAUUGUGUUUUGUAAGUGGGUGAAUGAUGUUAUAUUUAGUGUCAUGUGGGUAAUGAAGUCAAAAUUGUAGGUUUGAGAUGCUAGUUUGAAUAUGGGUGAUUGAGAAACUUGUUUUUGGAUGUGAAAUUCGGAACUAGCUUGUGUUAUGGGGGGAGAGGUUGUGAAGUUUUGGUUUGAGAUGGAAUUUAAUGUGAAGUUUGGGUUUUUCUAUUGUUACUCGACUGUUGUUGAUGUUCGUUGUGAGAGCUGAAAUACUUUCCUGAGUUUCUAAAUCACUUAGAGUUGGAACUUCUCGAAGACUUACUGGAAAAUAGUUGGUCUGGUGUUCUAAUGCUAGCUAUCCUCGUUGGUGUCCAUAUCUUCUUCUAGCACUCUAGGCAGACGAUCCAAUGUUGUUAUGCUGGAGAUGGGACAACUACUUCUGUUGUUCUUGCACAAGGUCUAAUCGCAUGAGUUAAGGUGGUUGCAGCGGGUGCGAACCCCGUUCUGAUCACCAUGGGUAUUGAGAAGACUACUAAAGCAUUAGUAGCUGAGCUCAAGUUGAUGUCAAAAGAGGUAAUAUCACAGGUAGAAGACAGUGAACUAGCUAAUGUAGCAGCUGUCAGCGCUGGCAACAACCGUGAAGUGGGGAGUAUGAUUGCUGAAGCAAUGAGCAAAGUUGGAAGAAAAGGUGUUGCGACUCUUGAAGAAGGAAAAAGUGAUGAGAACGGUCUCUAUGUUGUUGAAAGGAUGCAGUUUGACCGUGGUUAUAAUUUCACCUUAUUUUGUUACUGAUGCUAAGAAAAUGAUUGUGGAGUACGAGAACUUCAAGGUUUUCAAGUUUUUGUAAAGCUACUAUGCAAAUUAAUCAGCUUUUUAUGGAAUAUAAUCCCGGUUUAUU